UUUUCUCUCUCUUUGUGAACUAAUUCUCUGAAGCUCGGUCUCACUCCCUCCGUCCGCCUUUGACUCCUACAUCUGCCUCGGCUCCAGGCUUCCCUCGCCCCUUCUCCGCCCCUCCCCCGCGCUGUCAUUCACCCCGCUCCUCUCCGCGCACAGCCAAUGGAGAGACCCGGCCGAAACGGCUAGGCUAGCUCGCACCGGGCUUUUUCGCCUGGUGAUUGAUGUCCCAGAGUCAACAGCGAGCGAGGAGCCGAAGAGGGGAAGGAGCAACCGGAGAGGGGAGGAAUACGGCGCCCCCUCUCUCCUUCCCCCCCCCCCCCACUUUAGCCCUUCUGCGCACUUCGCCUGGGUCUCCACGCAGCCAGGAGCCGCUGCCGCCUCCGCGCCGCUGCGCGCUGCCCCCGAGUCAAGCAAGCACAGCGAGUGCCGCCGCCCAGGCCCCCCGCCCCUCGCGGGGCCGGGGUCGGGGGCCAGCAUGGAGCACCUGGGUCCGCACCAUCUCCACCCGGGCCACGCGGAGCCCAUCAGCUUUGGCAUCGACCAGAUCCUCAACAGCCCGGACCAGGGCGGCUGCAUGGGGCCCGCUUCGCGCCUCCAGGACGGAGAAUACGGCCUUGGCUGUUUGGUUGGAGGCGCCUACCCUUACGGCGGCGGGGGCCCCGCGGCCGGGGCCGGGGCCGGGGGCGCAGGAGCCUAUGGCGCCGGAGGCCCGAGUGGACCCGGUGGCCCGGCGGGCAGCAGCGGCGGCGGCGGCGCCUGUAGCAUGGGCCCGCUGGCCGGAUCCUACAACAUGAACAUGGCCUUGGCGGGCGGUCCCGGUCCUGGCGGCGGCGGCGGCAGCGGGAGUGGCGGCGGCGGGGGGGCACUGAGCGCUUCGGGUGUGAUCCGGGUGCCCGCGCACAGGCCGCUAGCUGGAGCAGUGGCCCACCCCCAACCUCUGGCUACCGGCUUGCCCACCGUGCCCUCUGUGCCUGCUGUACCGGGGGUCAACAACCUCACUGGCCUCACCUUCCCCUGGAUGGAGAGUAACCGCAGAUACACAAAGGACAGGUUCACAGUGGCCCUCUCACCCUUCACUGUAACACGCCGUAUAGGUCACCCCUAUCAGAAUCGGACGCCCCCCAAGAAGAAGAAACCACGCACGUCCUUCACGCGCCUGCAGAUAUGCGAGCUGGAGAAGCGCUUCCACCGCCAGAAGUACCUGGCCUCGGCCGAGCGCGCCGCCCUGGCCAAGGCGCUCAAAAUGACCGACGCGCAGGUCAAAACCUGGUUCCAGAAUCGGCGGACUAAGUGGAGGCGGCAGACUGCAGAGGAGCGUGAAGCUGAGAGGCAGCAGGCGAACCGCAUCCUCCUGCAGCUGCAGCAAGAAGCCUUCCAGAAGAGCCUGGCGCAGCCGCUGCCUGCCGACCCGCUUUGCGUGCACAAUUCAUCGCUCUUCGCCCUGCAGAACCUGCAGCCCUGGUCUGACGACUCGACCAAGAUCACCAGCGUCACGUCCGUGGCGUCGGCCUGUGAGUGACCUGGGCCCAUCCAAGGGGUCGCCGAGGCCGAGGCCUGAGAGCCUGGACUCUCGCCCACUCUCCCGCCGCAGACUGCACACAGCAGGGGAACGCCCGCUCCUCCGAACCGGCGGUAGCGCUCAGGCCGGCGGCCGGCCGUUCUCUUUUCCAUAGAAAAGAAGAGCGCCCAGGAAAAGGAUCCACGGCCGCCUCCCAGAUGCCUAUGCGGAACUGUGUUCAGAGUCCUCUGUUUGCGUCUAUUUUAUUUUAUUCUGAUUUUCAACAUGGGGCUGAGAGGCAGGAGAGGUGGUGGAAGAAGAGCCUCUGGGGUCCCUAGAUGACAGGAUGGGCUGUCAUUUAAACAUGCCCUGGGGAUAACCCCCCUCUCUGUUUCCCACUCCCUGUCACACACAGAUACCCAUAGGCCUGCACAGAGGUGAUUUUACUGUCCCCCCAGUGUCGCUCCACAGCCACACACAGGGAACCUAUGGCAGGGUGGCACGUGCACACAGGGCCAUAGCCUUCACUCCCUUCACCCUUACUAUCAGGCAUAGUCCAGGGGUGACCCAGAUUCAUUCUGAACAGCAUGGCACUUCUCACAAACACACUGUGACACACCAUCGCACACACAAGAGCCACAACAGCAUCACUUGGCCUGCCAGGCCCCCAUCACACACCCUAGCCAAACCCAGGUACGCACAGGCAGGUUUCCACACAAACUCAGCCUAUUUCUCUAGAUCCUGUUUGGGGGGGGGGUUAAGUUAUGCACUUAUAAGGUGUUUUCUGUGUAACCAUUUUAUAAAGUGCUCGUGUAAUUUAUGUGGAAAAAAAAUAAAACCCUCCAGAUCCAGA